AGCCAAUGAGAUUCGUGAUGUGGAUGUGGCUGUUCGUUGUGUGGAUUACUGUACUUUUUGGAGUGUCCAAUGGUGGAAUCCUAGACCGAUCUUGUGGAAGACGAAGAGUUGGUUAUAUUACAUCGUGGGGCAAACAUCCAUUUAGAGAUGAUCAGGCUGAAAAGCUGACACACUUAGUUUUCGCCUUCUUCGUCGUCGAUUCAGAUGGAAGUGUCAAGUUGGAAGGAGAUGCUGCAAAAGCAAGAUUGGAACAUGUUAAAGAGGUUGCAUCUCGUCAUCCAGAUCUCAAGCUUUUGUACGCUGUUGGAGGCUGGGAAAACUCUCAAUAUUUUUCCGUUUUAACUGCAGAUCACUCUAGAAGAUCAAUUUUAAUCUCGAACUUUGUCAAAGUUAUUAAAGAGUACGGUUUUGACGGUGUUGAUAUUGACUGGGAAUAUCCCGUAACAGGCGGUGCUGUUGAGGGUACUCCAGCUGAUCGAAGGAAUUAUGUAAACUUGAUGAGAGAACUUCGAAAUGAGUUGAGAGAUUUGGAAUCCGAAACAGGAAAGUCGUAUCUCAUAUCGUUCGCUGGAGCAGCAGGACAUUGGGUCUUGAAACCAGGAUACGAUCUACAACAAUUGAUGAAAUAUUGUGAUUUUGUGAAUGUUAUGAGUUAUGAUUAUUUUGGAGCAUGGGCUUCGAAAUGGGGUGCAUACACUGGACCCCCAGCACCAUUACAGUUUGCUAUGCCGAAAAAAUUCUCUGGAAGAAUGAACGUACAUGCCACGAUGAAAGACUACAGUUGCCAAAUAAAAGCAACUGAUAAGAUAAAUAUGGGUGUCCCAUUCUAUGGUCGUUUCUGGAAGAAUGUGGGUGAUGCUGUUGACUCAACAGAUGAUAUGUGGAGAACUGCUACGGCAACUAAUUCAGAAGGCACAAAAUUUGAAGGUGGAGAUGUUCAAUGGAGAGAUCUGCACGAGAAAUUUGAUACUACAAAAACCAAGUUUCAUUCUGGAUCCAAAACCCCAUUCAUUUGGCUUUCUGAACAAAAAACCUUUGUUGGAUAUGAAAAUGCUGAAAGUCUCAAACAUAAAGUUGAUUAUAUAGUUGAAAAUAAUAUUGGAGGAGUUAUGAUAUGGGCAAUUGACUUUGAUGAUGAUCAAGGUACCCUUCUGAACUCUGCUGCAGCUGAAUCUAUUUGUACCACAUCAACAAAGUCAUUCAACUACAAGUGUUCUCCAGUAGACGACAAAAGAUGGUGGACAUAUGAUGAUAAUGAGGAAUUGGCUGGAAUGUGUGGAAAAUCGUCUCCAUUGAUUGAUGGAUAUUAUCCCGUUUGUGAUCCAGAUGAUCCAGGUCAUGCUUGUUGUGGAAAGUAUGGCUAUUGCGGUUCCGGUGCAGAAUUCUGUUCUUGUCCUGAAUGUAUUGACUAUGGUGCAGAUCCAAAUUUAAUUUUGAAAGAACCAGUGAAACCAAGCCAAAAGAUCACAUGGUACACAUCGGAUGCUGGAGAAGGGAAACGUGGACGAUGUGGUCGAGAUGUUCCACCUUUAGAAGGAGAAGCGCCAACUUGUAAUCCAGAUGAUGCUAAUGCUCAUUGUUGUAGUAAUGGAGGUUACUGUGGAAAUUCAAAGGAACAUUGUGAAUGUAAUGGAUGUAUUGAUUUUGCAAAACAGAGAGAUUUCAAAUAUAAACCAUUAGAAUGGUGGACAUUUUCUGAGAAUCCAGCCAACGUUGGUCGUUGUGGUUACAAUGCUCCACGACUUUCUACUGGAAAAAUUCCAAAAUGUGAUCCGGAUUCUGAAUCCUACUGUUGCAGUAAUAGUGGCUAUUGCGGAAAAGGAGAACAAUAUUGUAGCUGUUUAGGAUGUGCUGAUUUCAAGGCAAAUCCUGCAUUUGAGUAUUAAACUUUCUCACUACUUAUCUGAAACUGUAUAUACCGAUAAAUUAUUUCAAUUGU